GCCACCCCCCGUCAUCCCAAAACACCCCUACUUCCCUUCUCUUCUCUCUCUAGAGAUUCUCUCACACUGUCCUACUUUUCUGCCUUAAAUACACCUGUAAGUUCUCUCUUUCUUUCUUUCUUGUGUCCGUCAUGGCGGAAGUUUCUGUUUCCGGCAACAACAAGAGGUGCCGAGAGGAGUCAUCGUUGGAGCCGGAGUUGUCGCCGGAGGCGAAGCGCCUCCACGCGGACUUCCUUCUCGAUAUCCUCGACGACGAUGAGGAUGAGGCCAACUCCGGUAACCGGGACCUGGCCUCCGUUAUGAAGAGCCUCGAGGAGGAAAUUUCCCCCCCUGGGAAGCGGGUGGAAUUGGCGUCGGAUCAUAGCGAUCCUCCGCGCCUGGCCGAGCUCGGGUAUCUUCUGGAGGCGUCGGAUGACGAGCUCGGCCUCCCGCCCGUGGCGGCGUCGUCGUCGUCGUCGCUGGAGCCGGCGGCCACUGCGGGGGCCGAUAAGGAGGAGGCAGCGGAGAGCGCGGGGUUCGGUCAGAUCUGGAGUUUCGAUGACGAGAUUUCGGGGUGUUACGAUGCGCUUGGAUUCGGAAUCCGGCCGGCGGAGGAGGACGGCGUGGUUGUGGACGAUGGGUUGUUCGAUUAUGCCGAUGUGUUGUUCUGUGGGCCGUCCGAUUUCUCGCGGCAAGCGGAAUCUGUGCCCGCCAUCUGAUGGAGCUUUGUGUUGUCCCUUGUUCUUACAAAAGACUUGUGGAAAAUGGGAUGGUAAGAAAGAAACAAAGAACUGUCUUAUCAAAAAAAGAAACAAAGAACUUGUGGAAAUGGGAAACUAGUUGGCUAAUAUUACAAUUUUCUGUUUUUU